GGGGGCCGCGGCUGCGGCGGGGCGGCCCGCCCCCGCGCUCGGCGGCGGCUGCCGCAGGCGGCCCCGGCCCCCGUCUCCAUCCCCGGCCCCGUCCUCGGGCCGGCGGCGGCGGGGCCGGAGCCGGAGCCGGUGCCGCCCCUCGGCCGCGCCCGCCCCCUGGCUGCCUCGGCGGCGCGGCGGCGCGGCAGUGCCGGCGGGGCUAUGGCUGCGGAGGAGGUGCUGCAGGGCGCGGACCAUUACAAGAGCGAGAUCGAGCGGCUGACCCGGGAGCUCUCCGAGACGACCCACGAGAAGAUCCAGGCGGCGGAGUAUGGGCUGGUGGUGCUGGAGGAGAAGCUCACCCUCAAGCAGCAGUACGACGAGCUGGAGGCGGAGUAUGACGGCCUCAAGCAGGAGCUGGAGCAGCUGAAGGAGGCAUUUGGACAGUCCUUCUCGAUUCACCGCAAAGUGGCUGAAGAUGGUGAAACACGUGAAGAAACUCUCCUCCAGGAGUCUGCAUCAAAAGAAGCUUAUUACCUCGGGAAGAUUUUGGAGAUGCAGAACGAGCUGAAGCAGAGCAGGGCCGUGGUCACCAACGUUCAGGCAGAGAAUGAGAGACUCACUGCUAUUGUCCAAGACUUGAAAGAGAAUAACGAAAUGGUGGAACUACAGAGGAUACGAAUGAAAGACGAAAUUCGAGAGUACAAGUUUCGAGAGGCGAGACUGCUACAGGACUACACCGAGCUUGAAGAAGAAAACAUCACUUUACAGAAACUGGUGUCCACACUGAAACAGAAUCAAGUUGAAUAUGAAGGCUUAAAGCAUGAGAUUAAACGAUUUGAGGAGGAGACAGUGUUGCUUAAUAGUCAGCUAGAAGAUGCCAUCCGGCUGAAGGAGAUUGCUGAGCAUCAGCUGGAGGAAGCCCUGGAAACUUUAAAAAAUGAAAGGGAGCAAAAGAACAAUCUGAGGAAGGAACUCUCCCAGUAUAUCAACCUCAAUGAUAGUAUGUAUAAUAACCAUAUUAAUAUAUCAGUAGAUGGAUUGAAGUUUGCAGAGGAUGGGGGCGAGCCCAACAAUGAUGACAAAAUGAAUGGACAUAUCCACGGGCCUCUUGUGAAACUCAACGGUGACUACCGAACUCCCACGGGUAGGAAAGGAGAAUCUCUGCACCCUGUCUCUGAUCUCUUCAGUGAGCUCAACAUAUCGGAAAUACAGAAACUGAAGCAGCAACUCAUGCAGGUGGAGAGAGAGAAGGCCAUUCUCCUGGCCAACCUGCAGGAGUCUCAGACGCAGCUGGAGCACACCAAGGGAGCCCUGACCGAGCAACAUGAGCGAGUCCAUAGGCUCACCGAGCACGUCAAUGCCAUGAGGGGGCUGCAGAGCAACAAGGAGCUGAAAGCUGAACUUGACUGUGAGAAGGGCCGAGAGCCUGGCGAGGAAGCACACGACUAUGAAGUAGACAUCAAUGGCUUGGAGAUCCUAGAAUGUAAAUACAAAGUAGCUGUUACCGAGGUGAUAGACCUUAAAGCAGAAAUCAAAGCCUUAAAGGAGAAAUAUAAUAAGUAUGUAGAAAACUACACUGAAGAGAAGGCCAAGUAUGAGAGCAGAAUCCAGACGUAUGAUGAGCAGGUGACAAGCCUCGAGAAGUCAACCAAGGAAAGCCAGGAAAAAAUGGUCCACGUGGAAAAGGAAUUGCAAAGGAUGACAAGCAUAGCAAAUGAAAACCAUAAUACCCUCAACACUGCCCAGGACGAGCUGGUGACGUUUAGCGAGGAGCUGGCUCAGCUCUACCAUCACGUCUGCCUGUGCAACAACGAGACACCAAACAGGGUCAUGUUGGACUAUUACAGGCAAAGCAGAGUGACCCGCAGCGGGAGCCUGAAAGGACCGGACGACCCUCGAGGCCUCCUUUCGCCGCGGCUCGCCAGGAGGGGGGUGGCAUCACCCGUAGAAGCCAGGACUCCGACCGAGCAGGUGACGAAAGAGGCCACGGAGCCUGGCAAGGAACAGAGCCCGACGAAAACACCUACCAUUUCUCCUGUCAUCACAGCUCCUCCUUCCUCCCCCGUCUCCGAUACCAGUGACAUCCGCAAAGAGCCGAUGAACAUCUACAACCUCAAUGCUAUAAUAAGGGACCAAAUCAAGCACUUGCAGAAGGCUGUUGAUCGGUCGCUGCAGCUGUCGCGCCAGCGCGCUGCAGCUCGGGAGCUAGCGCCAAUGAUCGAUAAAGACAAGGAGGCCUUAAUGGAAGAGAUACUGAAACUGAAAUCACUCCUGAGUACGAAGCGGGAGCAGAUAGCAACCCUGAGAGCAGUGCUGAAAGCCAACAAGCAGACAGCUGAAGUGGCACUAGCCAAUUUGAAGAAUAAAUACGAAAAUGAAAAAGCAAUGGUGACUGAAACCAUGACCAAACUACGGAAUGAAUUAAAGGCUUUGAAGGAAGAUGCAGCAACCUUCUCAUCCUUGAGAGCAAUGUUUGCAACCAGGUGUGAUGAGUACGUCACGCAGCUGGAUGAGAUGCAGAGGCAGCUAGCAGCUGCAGAGGAUGAGAAGAAGACCCUAAACUCUCUGUUGCGCAUGGCUAUCCAGCAAAAACUUGCCCUUACCCAGCGGCUGGAGGAUUUAGAGUUCGACCACGAGCAGUCCCGACGCAGCAAAGGCAAGCUUGGAAAGAGCAAGAUCGGCAGCCCUAAAGUAAGUGAGGAGGCAUCAGCCACCGUGCCAAGCAUAGACACUUUCCUCCUGCAUAGUCAGGGCCCACAGCAACCAAACUUACUGGUCAGCAGUGGCACUCAGAGGAAAAGACUAUUCUCACCUUCCCUUUGUGAUCAGAGCCAUCCCAGGACUUCAGGGACCUACCUCCAGAAAUUAUUAAGAGCCCCCCCUCAUCCCGCUUCCACAGAAUCAUAUCUUCUGAGGGGCCCCCCUUCCAUGAGUGAAUUCAUCCAUGGGCACCGUCUCAGCAAGGAAAAAAGGUUAACCGUGGCCACACCAGAUUGUCAGCAGCCUGCUGCCUCCAUACCGCCACACGGCUCACAACUAGCCAGGGGGCCAGAUUGCCAGACUGUCAGUCCUAAUGCUCUUCCAGAAGAGCAGCCACAUUCCAGCUCUCAGUGUGCCCCUCUCAACUGUCUCUCUAAGCCUCCUCCUUACCCCUAAUCUUCAUAUGCAAUGUAAGAGAAAAUGCAAACGGAGUGGAGUUCAUGCAACAAAGGUUGGGGUUGUUCCCAGCAAGCCGGUAGACAAUCCUGCCUUGUUGCUGCAUUGACAAGUCUGGAUUCAUAUCCCCUGCUCUGGCGACUGAGGGAAGGUUGAGAAGAACAACACAAAGCACAGAGCCCAACCUAUCAAGAAGACUUUUUAUGGUUCCUCUGAUUGUAUUCAAACUUUGCUAUCACAACUAAAGUGUAGUGAAAUUUAACAUCCUGACAAAAAUGUUCCUCCCAGCUGCUUGGCUUUACCUCUGAAAUAAUGAGAGACUUAAGCCAAUAUUAAAAAAAGUAUGUUACAAAAAUCCUACCCUCACAUCCUCUAAGUUCAGCCAUAGGAACCAGUUCAAAUUUCCUUUUGUCAGUAAGGGUGUGAUAUUUAUUUCUUACUUUAUUUGGACCAGAAUUUUGUGUUUAUAAAAUAGUCUUUUUUUUUUUUUGAGAGAGAGUUGUAUUUAAUUGAUUUUAUUUUUAAAAAACAAGCAGAAAUAGCUUAAGUGAAGAAUGACUGUGUUAGUAUUAAAAAGAGGCUUGUUGCAUUGGCCAGUAUAUGGCCAAUUUUUAUUGCACAAAAAUGUUAGAAGUGGGUUGAAUUGGAAUGUUAACAUGACUGUGUAUUUUGCUGCUGCACUGAUAUUGUUUAUGCACUUGUUUUUUUGAUUCCUAUUACACUAGCUUCUGGUUUUCUUGUAGCUCUUCACUGAAAGAUAAUUAUUAAGCCUAAGAAGGAGAUGAAAGGAUGAUGUAUUGAUUUGUUUUCAGUUGUUUGCUUGCAUUGUAAUUAUAAUUUUGCAUUUCAGACAAGUAGAUGAAUUGGUGCUGUUUUUUGAGGUUACUUUCUAUUUGGUAUCUGAGAAAGAAAAUCUAAAACAAGUAAAAUGCUGUGUGCUAAUUAAAAACAUUCUUUCCUCCCGCUCCCAUAUUCAGGAUACUAGCUCGAGGCCUUACCGUGAAAGGCUAGUAUGAAUGGCGAAGUCAUAUGUAACUCAUGUGAAGUAUUCUGUGGCGAAAGUACUCAUGCAGGUAGGGUUAAUGGUGUGGAUCAAAGUUAAUAGGACUUUACUGUAGUGCAUUUUUUCCUUGCCAAAAAUCAACAGACACAGAACCUUAGCUCAUGUCAGUUUAUGACAAAUACUCAGGUGAUCUACGCUACGCAGACUCUAUCGCAACAGUGCAGAGUGUUCCUAGUUAAAGAUUCUUUCCUGUAAAAGCUGAGUAAGUCUGGGCUUUUUCUUAAAAUGUAGUGAGUUUCAGAACAAAAUCAAGGAUAGAGGAAUUUAUUUUGCACAGUACCUGACAGCAGGGCAAGUGGCUAAGUAUGGGGUCAUGGUUCAGCAUCUAUGGGCUUCCCGUCUGGUCAUCAGCUAGAAAAAAAGUCUGCAGUACUGCCUACCUGCCUACUUGUUGGUAACUAGCAGACUCCUUGCUUUGUCAGGUGGCCUUAAUUUAUUUACAGAAGAAAGGCUUAGAUACUACCACAUGUCUUUAUUCCUUCUCUGCAGCAUAUGUAUGACCUACAAGUGGGAAACACAGUACAGCCUAAGGUACAGACCAGCUGGGGAAAAAAAUUGCUGCAGGUGUGGUUGGAAUAAUUCUUUCAUAUUCUGCCUGAAUCUGAGAAAAUGAAGUCAGUCUUCUGUUAGUAACAGUGCUUACCAAAUGUUACGACACACAAAACAUCAGCAGAGGAAAGAAUCGGUGACCACUCAGUGUGCCUAACAAAUCAUUAUUACCGUAGUACCAGUAACGAAGGUGCUGUAAAUACAAAUACUCUAUGUCAUCAACAAUGUAUGUCGUGUAACCUUGGCAAAGCAGCUGAGCUAUUGUAACAAAACAUUCAGAGUCAGGGGUGGAGAAAAUGGGAAUAAACUGAUAUCCAGUUCUGAUCAGAUCAAACAGAUGACACUCGGCAGUGUUUCAACUUCGGUUUCCAUGUGGUUCGCAUGAGUCUUCUUGUAUACAUUUACAUCACUAUUCAGUAUCAUACUUAACCUACCUGUUGUCUUGUCAUAGAAAAGUCAAGUGAAACCCUGUUCAACUCUAUCACAAUGUCUGACACUGAGAUUAGCUGCUAUUUUGAUUUUUGCUUUUAAAAACCCAACAUUUUGUCUGAGGCAAAUGCUGCGUUCAACAAGCAUCUCAAAAUUCCUGACCUUGUCAGACUGGUGUAUGAAUAUUGUACAGUGGCCAUGUCUGUGUCCAACAAAGACAGCUACUGUAUAUUGUUAAGAAGAAAAAGAAUUUGCAUUGCACUUUGAAUACAGUUACUGGAGGCUGCACUUGGAAUAGUUUUUUCCUAUUUUCAUAUCCAAAUCAAAUGCAUUUUCCCCAAAUUUAAGUUAAAUUAAACAGAAAUUCAGUGAAAUAUAUUUCCUUUCUAUACAGAUACGAAUUUAUUGGAAAAAAUGUUUUAUCGGAACAGUUGUUUAGAAAUGUAUUUGUUUCCAGUUGUGAUUUGCAGAUCAGCUUUGAGAAUUAGAAACGCUGUACUGGUAUGUCCAUGUGGAUCAAGAGUUAUGAAACAGCAUCCAAUGGUAUAGAAAUUGUGGCCCUGUUUUAUAGAAAUAAGUGGGUUUAUUAAAUUUUUUAUUCUCUUAAGCUUUAAAUUCUUCGUUUCUAAGUUUUCAAUUUACAUUUUUUUAUAUAUAAUAAAACUUAAGUGUUGGAAAUGUAAGAGAACUAGAAACAAACCAACUUAAAUGUACAAAUGGCUGUAGUUAUUGCAUUGUAAGUUAUAAAACUGUGUAGGUCCCUGGGACAACUUUUGUCAGUUAACCAGUACAAAAUAAAGUAUAUAUCUUGAACUUGAGAUGAUAAAUUCUUCUUUAUUAUGUAGUGAUUGGUAACAUACACCUUUAUGAGAAAUUUUGUAGGAAAUAUUUACAUGCAGACAAUACCAGAAACAAAAGCCUGAAUUUUUAAGGGUUGCAAAAUACUGUAUUUUGCCCAUUUAAAAUUAAUUUAUGAUGUGUUGAUACUUAUUCUGAUUUUUAAAGAUUGAGAAAAACCAGCACAUAUAUUUUGUAAUGGUUGAGUAUACUCAGAAAGUCUGGAAUGUGUCCUACACAGUAAAGAAGAAAUUCAAAUCCUGCUCCCACUUUCGCAUCUGAAAUGCAUCUUUCGUUCUCUGUGAUGGCCUUGAAACUUCUUUGGAUUUGGAAUAGCCUGUUCAGUUCUGAGGCAUUCUGGUUUGGGUUUUGUUUUCUGAUGUAGUGAAAAAAAAUAUUGCUUUUUCAGUGACAUGAUCCACUUCUGGGAAUCCAGUUUAUAGGAAAUGUGUGGGAAAAAAAUAGGAAAAAAAAUCAAAUAUAAGGGGAGAAAAAGUUGAAUAGAUAAAUUGUAAAAUGUAAUAGUAUGGAAAAUAUAUUUUCUAUCAGUCAGAAGAUAAAUGGAGGUUUUACAGAAGAGGAAAUAUUACCAUUUUUCAUGCUAAUCGUAUAGAAGUUUCUGCCUUUUAGGUGGAGGCAAUAGUGUUAUUCUUUCUGAUUGAUCUGAUUGACAGGUUGGUAUCUCUGUGCUUUCUCCAUUCAUGUUUUUCACAGUAAAUUAAUGUAAUCAUAGCUAUACAGUAGGGUUCAUAAAAUGAAACUGUAAUUAACGCUGCAAGUUUUAAUGCCAAGGUGACUUUCAGUUUAUUUUUUAUUUUAAAAACUGUGAACUUGUUUAAGCCAUUUGCCAUAUUUAAGUGUGAACAGAAAGGAUAUGUUAUGAAAUAUAACCUCACUUAUGAUAUAUGACCUCACCUAUGAAGGCUGCUCAUGAUAGUUAUGUUGGAAAUACUUAAGUAAGCUGUUAGUAAAAUAAGACCCAGUCCUUACCACACUGGGAACGACACCCACGAGCCUGGGCCCUUAUUUUGAUACCAACCUUAUCGUUCAGCGUGCGAUGCCGAAGUCAGUAGUUGUGCUACCAAUUCCACUAUAGCUGGAUUGAUCAUCAUCAUAAGGUAUAGAUUAUAUCAGCCCUUCUGAGGUCUGUUCCUUUCUUUGGCAGAAGAUGCAUAUCCACUAAGGUUACAGUAAAUUUCUUUCUUUUGUACUUCAGAAAUCUUUGUUUGAGAACGGCAGGCACUGAAGUUUUACCUUUGAAGUAUGAUAAUUGCUACAGUUACCUCUUUAAAAUUUCCAGUCUUCACUUUUCUUCAGUUUUCCUUUGCUGUGUGUGCAGUGAGUCUGAAAGGGAUAUACAAUAUUCAGACUUUUUUAGCCAUUAAGGGUUUUUUUAGUAUAAUUAAGCAUCCUGUGGAAAAGAAACAAAAAGCAAUUGCCUUUCGCCUUCAGGCACAAAUGCAUCUAAAUAUGCAAUGUAAAAUGUGUGCAUGAGGUUCUUAACAUCGUGUAGCUUUCCCAUAUCCAUAACUGAGCUAGAACAUUCUUAUUUCUUGUGCGAUCUGCAUAUUCCUCUUGCUAGAAAGGUAAAAGGACUAUCACAGAGAGUCUGUAUCUUUCUUUUGGAGGUGCAUGGCUUAAAUCCUUAUUGGAUUUUAAUCUGUUUCCUGUGCAGUUCUUGAAAAUACCCUUCAUGAAAUCUAAUGGCAACCAAGUGACAAACUGAUAAAAGGUAAAGGAAAAAUCCUGUAUUUCAUGACUGGAGUUAAUGUGCGGGCAGACUCUGGGUGAUAGGGCCAUGUGUUUCAAAAAUGUCUUUCUAUGAAGCUCUGUAUUUGUUUUGAUUAUCAUGAUUUGCUGUAAAAGAAAGAGUGGAGAAGAGUGUAUGUUUUUUCUCAGCAUUAGUAAUCUGAGUUAAACAGUUUUUAUUAAGUAUAUGGUUAUUUGAUUUCAAAAAUAUUUUGGAAAUCAAUAAACACAAGCGAUUGAUAAAAGUUUUAAGUAGACUGGCUUGCUAGCUGAGUUGUUAUUUUAUCAGCUAUGAAGAAGAAAUAAGAGUAAUCUAGCUUUUUUUUUUAUCCUCCUGUUCACAGAUAUGGCUAUGUGUGCUAUGCCAGUGGAUAAAUUAAGUCCAUUUUAUUAGUUACUGCCCUAUUGAUUUUCAGCCCUGUGGUUUGACUGUUAAAGGGUUAAUUAACUUGAUCCUUUGUAAACAAUUAAAAAAAAAAAGAAAACUGAUGUUUUGUGACUUUUGUAAUCUAUUGAAUGUUUCUGUUUGCAUGAUGUUCUGUAUCUAACGAACCAUACAGAUUGCUGUGUUCCUUUCAAGAGUUUUAACAUUGGUGGAGUUUGUGAGAAACACAAAUUUGUAUACUGUAUGUUUACUGCUGUAAUAACUCAGCUACUCCUAUGUUGAAUUGACAUUAUGUUGUCCUGCCUUCUUGGGGUUAAAUGAUGGAGUGUUUCUAGGUGGUGAAGAAUAUAAAAGUAUAUAUGUUCAUUUGCUAAAGACUGAAUAUUGGAAACUCUUCUUGUUGCUACUUUAUGCUAAAAGCAAAAAAGUUAAAUAAUUCUUGUUUCCAAAAAUGCAUAAUUUGUUUUUAAAAUUGAAGUAAUUCCCAUGUUAACUCUUUCUUGUCCUUGUAGACAAUCCUAGAUUAAUGCCUUGUGAGGGAUUCAUAAAGUCUGUGCUUGUACAUGUGUAAUAUGAUCAUGCAGUCAAAUGGUUGGGAAAAACACUCUAGUGCUGAAGAAAAUAAUUAAAAGAAGCCAAUAUACUGAUUCUUACAUCUUUAUGUUCCAAUUAAAAUUACAGUGUAAUGCAUAACUGUUCCAGUGAAUAAACUGGCCAUUUUUGUUCAUUUAA